AUGGAAACAAUUUCCAGGAUAUCCUCGAUGCUGGAGACAGCCCGAGAGCUCACUUUAGAGGCCGCCCAGUCCGCUGCUAUUAAUCGAAGCUCGAAAUCAGAUUACUCGUCACGAACUUACAGUGCCGCUCAUGUCAAGAAGCUACUUGACAGUCGCCAUGAGCGGGAAGUGCUAGAUGGAAUGCGCAGGGUCAUCUCGCUGAUGUACCACUCCGAACCCUCCCUUAAUUUUUUCUCUGCGGUUGUCAAAAAUGUCGCUAGUGCCAAUCUUGAAGUCAAGAAGUUGGUUUACAUCUAUCUGGUUCAUCAUGCGGAGGCUGAACCGGAUUUGGCACUGCUCUCUAUCAACGCAAUUCAGAAAUCCUUGACCGAUUCCAACCCUCAGGUUCGAGCUAUGGCGCUUCGGACUAUGUCAGGCAUCCGGGUUCCAGUGAUCAGUCAAAUUGUUUCGCUGGCUAUCAAACGGGGAUGUGGGGAUAUGAGUCCUCAUGUGCGCAAGGCGGCUGCUUUGGCUAUCCCCAAGUGCUAUCGUCUGGACCCCAACACUCUACCGCAAUUGAUGGGAUAUCUCUCGACACUUUUGGGUGAUUCUCAAUACUUCGUGGUUGGUCCCGCAGUUGCGGCAUUCUUGGAUUUGUGUCCGGAUGAGAUCGACUUGAUUCACAAGAACUACCGGAGUCUGGUAAAGAAGCUGGUUGACAUGGAUGAAUGGGGUCAGCUUGCGACUUUGCGUUUGUUAACUUUCUAUGCACGGAAGUGCUUCCCUCGUCGAACUCGAAUGGUUAAGCCCUCGGCACCUGAGUCUUUCUACGAUGAUGAGAAUCUGCAGGAUGACCAAAAUGACGGUGAGGAGUAUGAAGCACCGGUGAUGGAUCCUGACCUCGAGCUUCUACUGCGAGCCUGCAAGAAUCUUCUUAUGAGCCGAAACUCUGCCGUCAUUGUCAGUGUUGUCCGCUGUUUCCUUUACCUUGCUCCUUCGGAAUAUAUUGAGUCAGCUAUUGGUCCCCUUGUGGCCCUUUUACGAAGCCCGCAAGAUAUGCAGCUCAUUGCUUUGUACAACAUUGUUGCCGUUGCUUUAAGGACUCCUAAGCCUUUCGCGCGAUACACUGCCCACUUCCUUGUUCAUGCCAACGAUCCACCCCACAUUUGGCGUCUCAAAUUGGAGGUUUUGACCAUUCUGUUCCCGCAUUGUGGAAGACACUGGAAGGGUGUCAUUAUCGGUGAACUGGAGCAUUUCUCUAAGGGCACAGAUCCGGAUCUGGUGCGAGAGAGUGUACGGGCCAUUGGCCGCUGUGCGCAAGGAGAUACAAGCACAUCUGGCAUGUGUUUGCGAAUCUUACUCGGCCAGAUCUCUAGUUUAGAUGGAAACCUUGUGUCAGAGUCAUUGACUGUCAUUCGCCACCUGAUUCAACAAGAUCCUGCCUCGCAUAAAAACACUGUUCUUCAGCUGGUCAAGCACCUCGGUUCCACAACUCACCCAGAUGCACGAGCAACGAUCAUUUGGCUAGUCGGGGAGUUUGCUGGUGUUGAUCCAGAAAACAAUAUUGCGCCUGAUGUCCUCCGCGUUCUGAUCAAGGGAUUCGCAGAUGAGACUGAAAUGGUCAAGCAGCAGGUUGUUCUCCUUGGUGCCAAAGUUUAUCUUCAUCAUCUUCUACAAAAUCCACCAAAAGAACAGCCCGAACAAACUGAAUCUUCCACGGAGCCAGAAAAGUCCGCUCCGCAGCAGGACUUCCAAAACGAGUGGAAUGACAAUGGCACCGGAGGCUCGCCAGAUGCCGAUCAGCCGCAUGAAGAAGGUCACACACCAAAGGCCAAUGCACGAGAAGCAAAGGAAGGUGAAGAAGAAGAAGAAAAAGAAGAAGAAGACCGCAUCACCCUGCUCUGGCGCUAUAUCCUUCUUCUCGCACGCUAUGACACAUCGUACGACCUCCGCGACCGAGCUCGUCUGUACAAGAGCCUUCUAGAAACACCCUCUUCUACCCAGCUCGCCAACCUACUUCUCUUGGCACCAAAGCCAGUUCCCCACGCCCCAAGCCCGUCCGAAACCCGAAAGGAUUUACUCAUCGGCUCUGCCACACUAGUAGUCGGCACUGAUGCUGGAUACCACGGUCUGCGCGGCUACACCACCCUACCAGACUGGGUUGAACUAGGUCACGAGCCAGACUCAAGUCUCCGCGUUGAAGACGUGAAGCCAGACACAUCUGCCACCCAGGCUUCUCUUACUGCCGGUGCCCGUCUCGACAAAGCUCUGAAGGAGCACCAGAGCACUGUUGCCCCAGUCCGGAACAGAAAUGGUGUACCUAUGGCUGCGGACCCCGCUGGGAAAAAGACGCUCGACCAGUGGCUACAGGAAGAGUCUGAGGAAGAAACAGAAACAGAAUCCGAGACUGACUCGGAAGGUGAGACGGACUCCGAAGAAGAGUCCGGCUCCGAGGAGGAGUCUGACGAGGAUGAAGAAGAUGAUGAUGAAUCCGAAGAAGAAACGGACUCCGAAAGCGAGGCUGUUCAAAAAGAGUCUACGCAGUUACUUGGAUGA